AUGCCCAACUAUAAGAUACAGGAAGUGAUGGAGAGGAGUGAUUCAAGCAAGCUUCAUGUGAUAAUUGUAGGAGCUGGCCUCGGUGGUCUCGGUGCUGCAAUCGCUGUCCGUCUCGCCGGCCAUGAUGUCACGGUUUUGGAGUCUGCACCAGCAAUUGGCGAAGUCGGUGCCGGUAUCCAAGUCCUUCCCAACGCUGCUCGAGUUCUCUUCUCCUGGGGCCUCGAGAAGGAAUUGGUUAAAAAUGCUACCAAGCCAAGAAAAUGCAACUUCAUUGGUUGGAAAGGGAACCAUCUCUCAGAAAUGGACUAUCAUGGCUAUGCGGCUGCCUCGGGAGGAUACCCGUUCCUCGACUUCCACCGCGCGACUCUGCAUAAAGCACUUCUAGAUAGAGCUCAAGAGCUAGGGGCCAAGAUCAUUUGCGGAUCUAAAGUCUUGUCUUACGAGAUAGCGGCCGACAACAGCCACGCAACUGUGUUUCUAGAAGGAGGCCAAACGAUGAAGUCUGACUUGGUCGUCGGUGCUGACGGCAUCGCCUCUUCUCUCAGAGAGCAGUUCCUCGGUCGAUCCGAUCCUCCACAAUUGACGGGCGACUUGGCCUACCGGUUGCUACUGUCAACAGACGAGAUGAGAAAGGACCCAGACCUGAGGCCAUUCGUGGAGGAUCCCCAAGUUAACUACUGGGUCGGCCCCGACAAACAUGCAGUCAACUACGUACUGAAAGGAGGAGAACUCUUCAACAUGGUUCUCUUAGUGCCAGAUGACAUCCCACUCGACAGCGGCAACACUUUGAAGGGCAACAUCGAAGAGAUGAGAGCCCAUUUCGCGGAUUGGGACCCUCGCAUCGGGAAGAUGCUCAACCUAUGUGACUCUGUUCUCAAGUGGAGAUUAUGCAUUCGACCUGGCCUCGACCCGACUUGGUCACACCCUUCAGGAGCCCUCACCAUGCUUGGUGACUCUGUCCAUGCGACGCUACCAUAUCUUGCCAGUGGUGCCGGUAUGGCUUUAGAAGACGGCGGCGUCCUUGGACUUUGUCUCGCUAAGCUUACCGAUAAAUCGCCGGCCUCAAAGGUAAAGGCUCUAGCUGUUUACGAGGCAUGCCGACGAGAGCGCACGGAAAUGGUUGUGCAAAGAGGGACGUACAACCAGUGGAUAUAUCAUCUGCCAGAUGGCGAAGAGCAGAGGCAGCGAGAUGAACGGUUCAGACAAUAUGGAAAGUGGGAUGAAGAGUGGCUCGGUGGGGAGAAUCCAAUCAUCCCGCAGUCGUCAGAGACAGGAGAGGAUCCAUUUCCUUGGAGAUACCAUGGAGUUGGACGGUGGUUGUUGACGUAUGAUAUGUGGAAGGAUGUUGAUGAGAAGUUCUCGCAGCUCGAGUCUGAGGCCAGUGGUGGUUCACUGAGAGCAAGUCUCUAA